AUGGUUGGAUUAACUUCUGCAGGUGGCGUUAUUGCCCUCCUCGAGGAGCCAGAGGAGGAACUCAAAAUAUAUGCUCUGAAAAAAUUGAACGAAAUUGUCGAUCAAUUUUGGGCCGAAAUCUCGGAUGCUGUUCAAAAAAUCGAAAUUCUUUACGAAGAUGAGGGCUUUCCUCAAAGACAAUUGUCUGCUCUUGUUGCUUCAAAGGUGUACUAUCAUUUGGGAGAAUUUGACGAUUCUUUGACUUUUGCAUUGGGUGCUGGCGAUUUGUUUGACGCGUCUUCUAAAUCGGAAUAUGUAGAGACCAUCAUAUCUAAAUGCAUCGACAAAUACAUCUUGUUGCGUGUACAAGAAUAUGACAAUCCUUCAAGUGCUCAGCAAAUAGAUCCACGAUUGCAAGACGUUGUUGAACGAAUGUUUCAACGAUGCUACGAUGAUGGAGAAUAUAAACAAGCGAUUGGUAUCUCAUUGGAAGCUCGUAGAUUAGAUAUUAUUGAACAGGCAAUAAGCAAAGGCCCAUCUUCUGAACUCUUGGCCUAUGUAUUAGAUAAGAGUAUGACAUUGGUUCUAAAUUUAGAUUUUAGAAAUAAGGUGCUGUGGUUAUUGGUAAAAUUAUAUCAAAACCUUGGAGAUCCUGAUUAUAUAUCAAUCAGUCAAUGUUUUGUGCAUUUGAAUGAAUCUUCAUCGGCAGCUAAACUAUUGCAAGAUCUCGUUACAAAAUGCGACGAUGUUUUGUUAUUGAUGGUUUAUCAAAUUGCAUUUGAUCUUGAAGAAAACGCCACCCAAGAAUUUCUUCAAAGAGUUAUAAGCGAAUUACCUGUUGGGUCAUCAUCUACUCAUAGUGAAAAGCAAGAUGGUGAAGCUAUGGAAACUGACGAACCAGAGUCUGCUAGCCAAUUAAAUGAAAAAUAUGUCCGUAUCCGUAAUAUAUUGUCCGGGGAAGAAUCUAUCAAAUUACACUUGGAAUUUCUGUAUCGAAAUAAUCAUACCGAUUUGCUUAUUUUGAAAAACACAAAGAACGCAUUAGAAUCUCGAAAUUCGGUGUAUCAUUCUGCUGUAACAUUUGCCAACGCGUUCAUGCACGCAGGAACAACAAGUGAUGAGUUUCUUCGUCAAAAUCUUGAAUGGCUUUCGCGUGCCACCAAUUGGUCAAAAUUCAGUGCUACAGCAGCUCUUGGUGUAAUACACAAGGGCCAUUUAUCUCAAGGACUCACUUUACUGCAGCCAUAUUUACCACAAGACGGUGUGAAUGGAAGUUCAUAUUCAGAAGGAGGCUCGUUAUUUGCUCUUGGGUUAAUUCAUGCGAACCAUGGUGCUGGAGUAUUGGAAUACUUACGAACUGCGCUGAGAAACACACAAACUGAAGUUCUUCAACAUGGUGCAUGCUUAGGUCUUGCUGCAGCUGGAAUGGCAACUGAAAACAAUGAAAUAUAUGAACAACUUAGAGAGGUUCUCUUUAGCGAUAGUGCAGUUGCAGGAGAAGCUGCUGGAUUAGCUAUGGGGCUUGUUAUGCUCGGAACAGCUUCAAAAAAAGCAAUAGAAGAGAUGUUACAAUAUGCCCAUGAAACUCAGCAUGAAAAAAUUAUUCGAGGAUUGGCAAUUGGUAUUUCACUAAUAAUGUAUGGUAAAGAAGAAACUGCUGAUGUAUUAAUUGAACAGCUCAGUCGAGACAAGGAUCCAAUUUUACGUUAUGGUGGUAUAUACACAGUUGCAAUGGCAUACUGUGGUACUGGAAAUAACAAAGCUAUCCGACAUUUAUUGCAUGUUGCUGUUAGUGACGUCAAUGAUGAUGUACGUCGAGCUGCUGUAACAGCACUUGGAUUUAUUUUGUUCAGAACACCAAAGCAGGUUCCUCGAAUAGUACAAUUGCUGUCGGAAAGUUAUAAUCCAAAUGUGCGAUAUGGUGCCACAUUAGCAUUGGGAAUUUCAUGCGCUGGAACUGGCUUAAUGGAAGCUAUUGAGCUGUUGGAACCUAUGACUAAAGAUCCAGUUGAUUUCGUUCGACAAGGAGCAUUUAUUUCACUUGCUAUGAUUUUGAUACAACAAAAUGAUGCAACCAAUCCCAAAGUAACUCCAACGCGAAAAUUAUAUGAAAAAAUCAUAAAUGACAAGCAUGAAGACGCAAUGGCAAAAUUCGGUGCUGUUUUAGGACAAGGAAUUAUUGAUGCAGGCGGUCGAAAUGCCACUAUUUCCUUACAGUCGAGGUCUGGUCACUCUAACAUGCCCGCUAUUGUGGGAAUGGCCGUAUUUACACAAUUUUGGUAUUGGUUCCCAUUGACGCAUUUCAUGAGUUUGGCCUUAUCACCCACUGCAAUUAUUGGUUUGAAUAAGGAGCUGAAGAUCCCCAAAUUUGAGUUCAUCUCAAACGCGAAGCCUUCACUUUUUUCUUAUCCUGCGACAACUAAACCUCCAUCAACUAGCGUUGUAGAAAAGGUAGCAACUGCGGUGCUUUCUACAACAGCAAAAGCAAAAGCUAGAGCAAAAAAAUCAGAGAAGGAGAAAGGAACUCAUGAAGGAGAAGCGAUGGACAUGGACAAGGAAGAACAUAAAAAGGAAGAAGAAAAAGACGAAGUAAAGGAUGACAAAAAGGGGAAGAAGAAAAAAGAAGAAUCGUUUGAAAUUCUCGAAAAUAUGGCGCGUGUUUUGCCAGCACAAUUACAAUACAUUUCGUUUCCAGAGAAUUCUCGCUAUGUUCCUGUAAAAAAGGGUACGGUCGGUGGAAUUCUGAUGAUGAUAGAUAGACGUCCUGGUGAGCCAGAAGAAUUAAUUCUGCCAAGCACGCCAGUUGCAACAACCGAUGCGACGGAAGAAGAGGAGGCGUCGCCACCAGAACCUUUUGAAUAUCCAUUUGACGACUGA